CAACAGCUCUACCCGGAAGUGUAAUUGUAUCCCGUGUCCUGCUGCUAUUGUAUGUUGUUCUGUUGUGGGUUACUCUGGCACGCAGGGGGCUGCAGAUUUCCAAAGGGUGAGGUUGAACAUACUCCAGACCACCACUAACACUGAUAAUGUUAAUGGACAGAGACAGGAUGUUUGAGAAGAUAUUAAAUCUUACCCUGGAGAUCAUCAGCCUCCUGACUGGAGAGGAAUGUAUUGUUUUAAAGAAGUCUGGUGAGCGAGUAACACCCAGCAGCUGUGUUUCAAGAACAAUGGACAGCACUGAGAGCCGCAUCACAGGGUCUCCACCUCACUCACUGAUACAUGAGAGACACAGUGACCAGAAGAUCCUGGAACUCACCAACAAGAUCAUUCAGCUGCUGACUGGAGAGGAGUGGGAGUAUAUAGAAGCACACACGGGUCUAUACAAGGACGUCAUGACCGAGGAUCACCAGACACUUGCAUCCUCAGGUUUCUCCGACAACAGCAAAAGUGUAAAUGAGGCAUCCAGUACAAAGGAAAAUCUCACAGACUCCAACAUUUAUACACCCACAGGGCCUACACGAUAUACAUCUACUCAUAUUAAGGAAGAAUCAGUCUCAUGUGAUGAAGGCGACCUCACAUCUUUUCAUAUUAAGGAGGAAUCGGUCUCAUGUGAUGAAGGAGACCUCACAUCUUUUCAUAUUAAGGAGGAAUCGGUCUCAUGUGAUGAAGGAGACCUCACAUCUUUUCAUAUUAAGGAGGAAUCGGUCUCAUGUGAUGGAGAAGACCUCGCAGACACUGAUAUGUAUACACCAACAUAUCAUACACAGUAUACAUCUACUUAUAUUAAGGAGGGAUCAGUCUCAUGUGAUGUAGGAGACCUCACACACACUGACAAUUAUAUACCCACAGGUCAUACACAGUAUACAUCUACUCAUAUUAAUGAGGGACCAGUCUCAUGUGAUGGAGGAAACCUUACAUACUCUGACACAUAUACGUCCACAGGUCAUACACAGUAUACAGCCACUGAUAUUAAGGAGGAACCAGUCUCGUAUGAAGAAGGAGACCUCAUAGACACUGAAAAUUAUAGACCCACAUAUCAUACACAGCAUACAUCUACUCAUAUCAAGGAGGGAUCAGUCUCAUGUGAUGGAGGAGACCUCACAUACACUGACAUUUAUUCACCCACAGGUACAUCUACUCAUACUAUAGAGGAACCUACCUUAUGUCACAAAGCAAUAAUUAAAUCAACAAGCUCUGAAUGUAGAGGAUAUUUAUCUCCGACCGCAAAUCUUGCCUCACUCCAAGAGCAGCAGACAGGAGAGAAUUCUAAUACGUGUCCGGAAUGUGGCAAAUGCUUCAAAACUCAACAUACACUUGGCCAACAUAGCAAAACUCACACAGGGGAGAAACCAUUUUCUUGCACCGAAUGUGGAAAGACCUUCACCUUUAAGGCGUAUCUUAAAGAACACCAGAGAACCCACACGGGAGAGAGGCCGUAUUGCUGUAAUCAAUGCGGCCAGCGCUUUGCUAUUAAAUCCAACUUAUCUCGACAUGAAAAAAUACACACAGGGGAGAGACCUCAUGUGUGUGAUAAAUGUGGGAAAAGUUUCUCCCAGAAAUCAAGCCUGGAGCUGCACCAGACGUUUCACACAGACGAGAAGCCAUUUUGUUGUUCUGAAUGUGGCAAAUGCUUUAGUAUGAAAGCAAAGCUCGCCAAGCAUCAAAAAUACCACAAGAAAGAAUACCCGUAUGUGUGCUGCGAGUGCGGGAAAUGUUUUAUCAAUAAAUCUGAGCUGCGUAUUCACCAGCGUACGCACACGGGUGAGAAACCCUACUCCUGCACUGAAUGCGACAAGUGUUUCAGCACAAAGUCAAAUCUUAAUUUACACAUGAAGGUUCACGUACGGGAGAAGCCAUUUUGUUGCUCAGAAUGUGGGAAGAGUUUCAAAAGAAAAUCCUCACUCGCUGCACAUGAGAUGGGUCACACAGGAGUGAAGCCAUUUUGUUGCUUGGAAUGCGGGAAAUGUUUCCACAGCAGGCAAUAUCUUUUAAGACAUGAGAAGAGUCACAAUGUCAAGAAGCCACAUUGUUGCCCCGACUGUGGGAAGGGCUUCGUCGACAAGACGAAAAUGUUGGAGCAUCAGAUAAGGCACACGGGCGAGAAACCACAUGUGUGCGCCAGUUGUGGCAAGAGCUUUGCGGUCAAGUGGGAUCUGGUCAUCCAUGAGAAGACUCACACAGGGGAGAAGCCAUUUUGUUGUCCUCAGUGCGGCAAAGGUUUUACUUUCAAGUCAAAACUAGUAAUCCAUCAAAAGAGACACACAGGGGAUAAACCACAUCCGUGUCCCGAGUGUGGGAAAUGCUUCGCCGUCCUGUCAGAUGUGCGUAAACAUCAGAAAAUUCACAGAUGACCUUGGCUGAGUGACCUCUCAGAUGCCACAUAAGGGUUCACAAAUGUAAUUUUACUGUUCACCUCAACACAAUAAUCUCCUCGUUGGCAGGAGAUACGUAGAAUUAGGGCAACAGGGUGUAUGAUUCCUAUAGACAGGAACCCAAACCAAAUGGCAGACAUUUUAAGAAGACUGAACUCAUGUUAUAACUUCAGGAAAAAAACAAAAUAACCAUUGAUAAAAUUAAUUUGUAAAUUGUAGAACUGUAAAAUGCCCCAGUAUUCUCAGUCAACUGAGGCCUGAUUCUGAGGUGGAGAAAAUCAAGUAAUUGUGCGCCUGGCCAAAACCAUGUGCACUGCAGGUGGGGCAGAUGUAACAUGUGCAGAGAGAGUUAGAUUUGGAUGGGGUGUGUACAAACUAAAAUCUAAAUUGCAGUGUAAAAAUGAAGCUGUCUAACAUUUGUGAGCUACAUGCAAAAGCAGCCAGUAUUUACGCUGCUUAAUCAGGCGCAGUGUGUGUCUGGUUUCUCCAAAGAUUGUAGUUUGUUUAAAGGGGUACUCCAAUUUCAGACAUUUAUUUUGUUUUAGCAGGUUUGUUUUUUUUAUUUGUUUUCAAUGUAGCAUAUCAGCUGUGUAUAUACGGAGCACAGCCCCUAGCUUAUCUGUCUUCUACCUAUUGGCAAUGAAAUUAAACAAAUCUUCCCAAAGAUGGAAGAUUAGACUUCCAAGAAGUUAAGGGCCCUACACACUUGCCGAUGUGUGCGGCCAAUAUGAACAAUCUUGUUCAGUAAUGAACGAGAUAUCGUUCAUACCAUUCAGUGUGUAGGCACCAACGAUCAACGAUGCGCGACCCUGCACUCGUUUAUCGUUGGUGACAUCUCGUUUAUACCUGCAAGCCAAUAUGGACAAUCUCAAAUAUAGAAGGUGGGGGUGGAUCUAUUUCGGGCUCUCCCAGCUGCUGAAAAAUGUGUACCUCCAGAGAGAACACCACUCUCUAAUAAUCUAGGAAUGUAUACAAUAUGAGCAAACACAUAACAUCAAGCGCU